AUGGAUAUCGCUUACGGCCCUUUCAGCGUUAUCGCGCGCUCCGGAGUGCCUGUCAUGCACGCUGCUGUCUUACCUCCCGCGGGCAAGGUGGUGUUUCUGGACAAAGUUGAAGACUACUCAGAACUGCGCUUACCGAACAAUCGCUGGGCAUACUCCUCGCUGUACGAUCCAGAUACCCACCAUCUGGCUCCCUUGUCUGUCAUGACAAACCCUUUUUGCUGCGGUGGAACCUUUCUGGCGGAUGGACGGCUUGUCACCGUCGGCGGGAACGCCCCCUUGCUCUGGCUCGAUCCCACCGUCGAGGACGGCUUUGACGCGAUUCGUUACAUCGGAGACGAAGGUGGCAAUUAUUCAUGGAAAGAGCCUGGGAAUAAAUUGGCCUCCAACAGAUGGUACGCAUCAGCACAGACCCUAGCGGAUGGCAGGAUCUUUGUUGCAGCAGGCAGUUUGAACGGACAAAGUCAAUUCAACUUCAGCAACAAUAACCCCACCUACGAGAUCCUCGAUGCGAACGGUGUUAGUGAAGGCGACAAUAUCCCGAUGAACAUCCUGGUUAACACCAUGCCGUACUAG